UUGUGUUUGUUUGUUUGUUUGUAUAAGAAAGAGAGAUGUGCAAAUCGUGGGUCUUAUUGACAUUACUUUCUUUGUCAACAUUUGAGCUCUGUUUACAUGCAGAUGCACUGUAUGGACCAUCUUCACCUGUUCUUCAGCUAACCGCCUCAAACUUCAAAUCAAAGGUUCUAAAUUCAGAUGGAAUUGUUCUGGUUGAAUUUUUUGCUCCAUGGUGUGGUCACUGCCAAUCUUUGACACCAAAAUGGGAAAAGGCUGCUAAGGUCUUGAAAGGGGUUGCCACUAUUGCAGCAGUUGAUACUGAUGCUCAUCAAAGUCUUGCUCAGGAAUAUGGAAUUAAAGGAUUUCCAACAAUAAAGGUUUUUGUUCCUGGGAAACCUCCGGUAGAUUACCAAGGAGACAGGGAAGCAAAACCCAUUGCAGAAUUUGCAUUAAAACAGGUAAAGACACUUGUAAAGGAACGUUUGGACGGAAAAGCUUCAGGAGAAUCAAAAAAAAAAUCAGAGAAAAAAAAAUCAGAGCCUAGUGCAUCAGUGGAAUUGAAUUCUCGCAACUUUGAUGAACUGGUGCUUAAAAGUAAAGAACUCUGGAUUGUGGAGUUCUUUGCUCCCUGGUGUGGUCACUGCAAGAGCCUUGCACCUGAGUGGAAGAAGGCUGCUAAGAACUUGAAAGGAAAGGUGAAGCUGGGUCAUGUGGACUGUGAUGCAGAGAAGUCACUGAUGAGCAGGUUCAAUGUGCAAGGAUUCCCAUCAAUCUUAUUGUUUGGUGCCGACAAGGGUAGUCCAUCACUUUAUGAAGGAGCAAGAACUGCCUUAGCAAUUGAAGGAUUUGCUCUAAUGCAACUGGAAGCAAAUAGUGGUCCUGUUGAAGUCAUAGAAUUGACUGGCCCUGAUGUGAUGGAUGAGAAAUGUGGUUCAGCAACCAUUUGUUUUAUAUCGUUCCUUCCUGACAUUCUGGACUCUAAAGCUGAAGGAAGGAACAAGUACAUUAAAAUGUUGUUGUCCGCAGCUGAGAAGUUUAAGAAGAAUUCAUACAGUUUUGUGUGGGCAGCAUCAGGUAAGCAACAGGAUCUUGAGAAGAAUGUGGGAGUGGGUGGAUACGGUUACCCAGCAAUGGUGGCUGCCAAUGUGAAGAAAGGAGUAUAUGCCUCACUUCGCAGUGCAUUUGAACGCGAUCACAUAAUAGAGUUUGUAAAAGAAGCUGAGAAAGGCGGUAAAGGAAAUCUCCCCCUUGGUAGCUCCAUUGUUAUUGUGAAGACUGAAGCUUGGGAUGGUAAAGAUGGAAAUAUUGUGAAUGGAGAUGAAUUCUCCCUUGAAGAACUUAUGGGGGAAGACGAAAGAGAAAAGACAACCACCAAGGAUGAGUUAUGAAAGAUUUACUAUAUAUAAUUGUUGAGAAUCACUUUUACUUUUAUUUCCUUCUCUUCUCAAAGUACAAUUAUUUACCAAAUUUUUUUUCCAUGU